AUGACAGCCCGCGGCUGCCGGCUGCGGGGGCGGCGCCGCGGCGCCCAGGGCGACAGCACCGGCAGCAGCUCCCCAAGCGGCAAGACGCCGCCCCCCAUCCAGGAGGACAACCCCGACGUCGUGCCGCCCCGCAAAGACGAGACGGAGCUGCCGGGACAGGCGUACAAGGCGCUGCAGCAGUACAACAUCGUGGUGGAGGCGCGCCCUGUCAACGUGGACUCCUCGGCGCAAACCGUCCUCUACAGCGCCGUCAACACCUUCCCCAUGACGGAGGCGGUUGUGCUGGCGCCGUGCUGGCCGUCCCCCGGCUCCUCUGACGCGUCGGCGCCGCUGCUGACGCCCGCGACAGCCACAGCCGCCCCCGGCGGGCCACCCCCCGGCGCCGCCCCCCUGGGCUCUGCGGCGGCCUCCCCGCGGCUGCAGGACGCCGAGACCCAGACGGCGGCGACCCUGCUGCCGCUCCGCCCCCGCGCCUGCCCCUGGCACCACCGCCGCUGUUGCCGCUGCCGCCUUGGGCCAGCAGCACAAGGAGAGCACCGUGUAGCGGAACCAGGCGCACCGUAUGCGCUGCCAAACACUCCGUCCUACAAUGACACUGCACCGGAAGAGCGCCCCAGAAGCGACUCCCGGUGCGGGGCCGCGGCCAUGGCCGGCGGAUCGCCGCUGCUUCAAUCGCAGGUACCGCAGAUUCGUCUCGCACUCGCAGCGAGGCCGUGGAGUGACUGCCCCAGCGAUUCGUAACCUCAUGGCCUGCGUCACAGAAAGGCGAUCUUUUUUAAAUCGUCUGUGUCUUUAUUGUUG